AAAAUUAAUAUUUUAAUAACCAUUUUAAAAUAAGCUCUAAAGUUGGGUGACUAAUUUGCAAGAAAUAAAACUUUUCUAAAAAACGGUAAAAGAAAGGAUAUUUUAGUAAAUUCAAUCAAACAAUUCAACGUAACAAUGAUUGAAAAAAAAAAAACCCAACAGACCAUGCCUCGGAAGACAAAAUUGAAGAAACCCAUAAAAACAUGUCCCCGUUACCUAAUCGUCCAUCAUCAUGCCUAAAAAAAAAAAAAACAAAGAAAUCUACAGAGAGAAAGUGUGGCACAGCACUAUAUAUGAAAUAGCAAAUAUUUUCACACCUCUGCUUCUGCCUUAAUCGCGGAAUCCUCCUUUCUCUCCCUUUCUUUUUCUUUUUCUUUUCCUUUUCUUUUCUUUUAUUUUCCGUCGAGUUGUUUCUUCUUCUUCUUUUUCUUCGUUCUUUUUUUUAAACUUCCGGCGAUAAGAUGUCGUCGGGAGGUACAAACAACUCGGCAAACGGGAGUCCAAUUCAAGGAGGACCCACCACUACAAGACGACGCGUGGCAGAUCUUCCGACAACAGCAGAGUCGGAUAGCAACAACUCAUCUUCUUGUUCGGACUAUUAUCCCCUCGCCUCUAACGAUGAAGAAGCCGACAACCCCAACGGUUACAUUCCCUCCAGUUUUUCUUCAUGCGGGUCCCAUUAUUUGCAUCACCACCAAAACCAUCACCCUGUUAUCAGGUAUCUGCUACUUCGAAGGAAGUUGUUAUUUUCUUGGGUGCCCGAUACAUGGUUCCUUUGGAUUGACAACACGUGUCAUUGGGCGGUUAAUAUGGUUCAGAGUUUGGGUUCCGGCAGGAACAUGGGCCGUAAGAUCCUCGGAGUUCUGUUGUUAAUGGCGGUUGUUUCGUUUUUUCUCAAAGUCUCGCUUCUUAGUAGUCACGUUGAGCUUAACGGCAAAUGGAAAACAGAAAACGGACUGUUAAUCUUACAAACGUUUAAAGAGGAUUGGGCCUUGGCCCAACGCGUUGUCGCCGAGACUGAACACUCCAUACCCAAACGCGUCCUCGAGAGGGUCUCUAUCCCAGAAAUUUGGAUGAAACCAAACAGUAAAAAUUAUCAGCAAUGUAUAUCUCGACCUAAGAAUCGAAUAAGGACUGGAUCAAAGACUAAUGGUUAUAUUAUUGUUCAUGCCAACGGUGGAUUGAAUCAAAUGAGAACAGGGAUAUGUGAUAUGGUUGCUGUUGCCAAGAUAAUGAAUGCCACCCUGGUUCUUCCUUCUCUUGAUCAUGAGUCAUUUUGGACAGACCCAAGUGAUUUUAAGGAUAUAUUUGACUGGAGGCACUUCAUCAAUGUACUGAAAGAUGAUAUUGAAAUUGUUGACUAUCUACCCGUUAAGUACACAUCAAUAAAGCCCCGUGUAAAGGCCCCUGUUUCCUGGUCAAGGGCUAGUUACUACAAAAAGGAGGUUCUCCCAUUACUAAAGCGACAUAAGGUGAUCAAGUUCACCCAUAGUGAUUCAAGGCUUGCUAAUAAUGGCCUUGCAACCUCCAUUCAAAGACUAAGGUGCCGUGCCAAUUAUGAGGCUCUCAGGUAUACAAAAGAGAUAGAGGAUCUUGGGAGGACUUUAGUUGAUAGACUAAAGAAAAAUAAUGAGCCAUACAUUGCUUUACACUUAAGGUAUGAGAAGGAUAUGCUUGCAUUCACGGGAUGCAACCAUAACCUUACUUUAGAAGAGGGUGAUGAACUCACGGUUAUGAGAUACAAUGUUAGACACUGGAAGGAGAAAGAGAUAGAUAGUGAAGAACGGCGAAGACAGGGGGGAUGUCCAAUGACCCCUAGAGAGGCAGCCGUGUUCCUCAAGGCCAUGGGUUACCCUACCAGCACGCCUAUCUACAUUGUUGCAGGAGAGAUUUAUGGCAGCAAUAGCAUGGCAGCCUUCCGUUCAGAGUAUCCAAAUGUCUUCUCUCAUUCCACUUUGGCAACUGAAGAAGAGUUGGAAUUGUUCAAGCCAUAUCAGAAUCGCCUUGCUGCCUUGGAUCAUAUUGUGGCACUUGAAAGUGACGUCUUUGUUUAUACCUAUGAUGGUAAUAUGGCUAAAGCGGUACAGGGGCACAGAAGGUUUGAAAGAUUUCGAAAGACCAUCAACCCUGACAGACAAAAUUUUGUUAAAUUCAUUGAUCAGCUGGAUGAGGAUGUAAUAUCUUGGGAACAGUUUUCUUCGAAAGUAAAGAGUUUACACUCUGACAGGCUUGGAGCGCCGUACCUAAGACAGCCAGGAGAGUCACCACGACUAGAGGAGAAUUUUUAUGCAAACCCCCUUCCUGGGUGCAUCUGUAACAGAUCUCGGAAGCAGCAAACUAGCAGCCAGAAGUUCGACGAGACCUUGAGUUCAAUUCAAAGAUAGUAUUUUUGUUAGUGGAUUAUGUCAGUUGAAUUAUAUACUGCCCUUUGCAGGAUGGAUGAUAGGGAUUCUUGAAUUAAGGUGCCUUCCCUGGUAGGGAGACUUGCUGCAGCCACCACCUACAGGGCUGAGAAAUCUUAUGGUUUCAGAUUUCUCAUUUGAUUUGAUGUCAGCUAAAUCAUACAGUACCGGUUCAGUUUUGUUAGACGACCCAACCAACAACUUAGGUAAGCAGAGAAGAUGAAGAUGAUGUAUAAUUCUGAGGCAAAUCAGGUUAAUUAUACAGGCACACGCGCAUAUGUCACAGUGGAAUCACAGUAUUGAUUUAUUCAUUAUUAUUUUCAAAUAAUUUGGUUGUAAAAAAAAAAAAGAAAGCAUUUGCCAAAUCAGCCUCUCACGAAUUCGGAUGUAAUAUCUGGAAUAGUACAUAAUGUAGAUUGUUUCCCAAAUGUUCCAAGCAGAUACUAUUAUUUCGUUCUCA